AUGGGUGGCGCUGCUGUGUGCCUUAUGGCACCUGACGAGCUACAGAGGAUUUCGGACACAGUUCGGACACAUCGUCCCGGGUACAAACUCCGAUUGCCUAGAGGCCAAAUACGUCUUGUCGAGCUCGAGGUGUUUGAUCAGCGAAGCUGGCCGAUCAGACCUCAGUAUGAUCUUCAAGUGGCUAUUCGGGUACCCCGUCAAGCUUUCAGCGCUGAAUGGAUAAUACGAGAGAAGAUCCGAUCACAGUAUCAGCGACAUGGUGCCAAGCAAGCGGUUGAUCUCCAGGAUGUGGAGAAUCUCCCGAGUUAUGUUGGCCCUGGUAAAGCGGAGCCCAACUUUGAUCAUGACUAG